UCUGGUCUUUGGAGCUUCAUAUCUUGACCAUGUAUUUUUGGAACAUACCCUCGGCACCCUCCUUAAUUGGCACAUGUUUCAUCCUGUCAACGUUUUUUGCUUCUACUUCGUGUUACCGGAGGGGAAGUGACCCCGAGGGUCCAGUUUUCGUGUACGAACCCCGCAGUUCUGUCAUUUUUUCCAAUUCCUCUGGCACGGCCAUCUCGUGCACUGCGCAUGGGCGCCCCGCUCCAAUCAUGGACUGGGUAAAGGAUGACGGAACGCCAAUACAGGAAGUUGACGACAUACUCCAUAUCCUCCCCAAUAACACAUUGUAUUUCCCGCCUUUUCCCGGGGACCGUUUUUCCAAGGACGUCCAUACAGCCAAGUACAGGUGCACGGCUCAGAAUACGGCGGGAAAGAUCAUCAGUCGAUUGGUUCAUGUAUCAGCAGUGCUCUCGGACCAGUCAAACUCGUACAGUGUUAUCUUGAACGAUGUAUACGUGAUGAGAGGCGGCACUGCCGUGUUCCGAUGCGACAUUUACCCCACCUACAUCCGCUCGUACAUCCGGGUGGUGCGGUGGACAAAGGGAACUAAAUCUGUCAGCUCAGGAGGCCGAUUCAGUAUUUUGCAAAACGGAGAGUUUCACUUGCGAGAUGUCCGAGAUCUUGAUGGCGACAUGGGAACUUCCGGUGAAUACGCCGCCUACCGGUGUGUCACAAGAAACAUUCUGACCGGAGACGAGAGAACCAGCAAGUUUGCAUACCUCCAUGUUCAUGAUCCGCCGGCCGGAGGUUCCGCACCUGUUAUCCAAUCAUCAGACAAGACAAGAAAAAUUGAAGUCAGAGAACUGGAAACCAGUGAACUUCCCUGCGUGGCAGAUGGCUAUCCCUUCCCGACAUACAACUGGAAAAAAGAUGGCAGGCCUAUCGUGAUAGACAACUUCCGGUUGAGCCAAAAUGGCGGCAAUCUGAUUAUAAACCACACUGGAGUGAGCGAUAGUGGACUGUAUAUUUGUACUGCCACAAACGACCACGGAAAAGUCAGCGCUUCCACAAAUGUCACUGUCACAGCUACACUUGCUGCCUCAAUCCAACCCGAUUUCCAAGUGGUGGACGCCGGUCACAUCGCGGUCUUCAACUGUUCUGUGUUUGGUAACCCCGUCCAGGAAGUGAAAUGGUAUCACAAUGGAGAAUUGCUGGAACACAGCUCUAGGAUAUCCAUCAAAUCGGACGCUGUGUUACAAAUAGGGGAAGUUAGCGGACCGGACGAGGGAAUGUACCAAUGUGAGGUUUCUAAUGAGAAAGAAAGCGCUCAAGGCACAUCUCAGCUGCUAUUGGGAGUCGCCAAACCAUCCCUGUUGGAGACUUUCGACGAUGUACGACUUCAACCCGGAAGUUUCGUGUCCAUGAAAUGUGUGGCAUCUGGAAACCCUAAACCAGAAAUCACGUGGUCACGUGACGGAGAAAUCGUGAUGAGCAGCGCGAGGUUAUCGUUAAGCAUUGACUACACAGGGGAUGGGAAUAUCGUGAGUUACGUGAAUGUAACGAAUAUCCGAGUCCAAGAUGGCGGCGAAUACCGAUGUUCAGCAACUAACAGCGUAGGAGAAGCGGUUCACACAGGCCGCGUUGAUGUGUUCGGGGCGCCUUUUAUUCGACCAAUGACGAAUGUGACAGCUACAGCGAGUCGAAGUUUGACAAUCAGGUGCUAUGUGACUGGUUAUCCAAUACAAUCUCUUAUUUGGCUCAGAGAGGGAAGUGUGUUACCAAUAAACCACAGACAGCAGGUGAAGAACGGAGAGCUAAUUGUUCACAAUGUCCAAAAGUGGGAUGAUAACGGGAAGUACACAUGUCAGGCGCGGAACGCCGAGGGCAAAUCCUACUCCAGGAGCGUCUUUGUCUAUGUCAUGGAACCACCUGUCAUAGAUUCGUUCCACUUCUCCAAGCGGAAACAGGGCGAUCGAGUGGUGGUGUCAUGCGUAGUAAGCACCGGCGAUCUACCCAUUGAAAUAACCUGGAAGAAAGACGGCAAGAGCAUCCGGCAAGGGGAAUCAGGCAUCCGCAUACAGAAAACGGGCCCCUAUUCCAGUCAGCUGUCUAUUAACGAUGCCAGCCCAAGACACGAUGGUAACUACACUUGUUACGCCAGUAACGAUGCUGCCUCCAGUAACUAUACGGCCAGCUUUCACGUGGAUGUACCUCCCCGCUGGGUUCUGGAACCCCAGGACUCCUUUGUUGUCCUGGGAGAUGCAGUGAAGAUCGACUGUCAGACCACGGGAAAACCCGACCCUAUGGAGGAAUGGAAAAAAGCUACAGGCAAAGAGCCAGGGAACUAUCGCCCACUGAAAUUUGACGAGGAAAUCAGCCGAGGAGUUAAACGGGUGGAACAGUUCCCUAAUGGCACUUUGGCAAUCCGUCGAGCUAGAGAGCAGGAUCAUGGCUACUAUUUGUGUCACUCCAGCAAUCGAAUUGGGGCUGGUCUCAGCAAAGUCAUCUUCCUGAAAGUACACAUUCCGGCUCAUUUUGAAAACACAACCUUGAACCAUACAGUUAAAAAAGGCAGCAAUUUCACCAUAGAGUGCAAUGCAAUCGGAGACAAGCCAAUAUCCAUAGCCUGGAAGUUUGACGAGAAAGAGAUUGACUUUGAAUCUCACAGGAAAUCCUUGUCCCAGAGUAGUACAGACAGAGGGAAGGUUUCCAGACUGAACAUAUUCCCAGUGAGACGCUUUGAUUCCGGUUUCUACGUCUGUAGUACCAAGAACCUGUUCGGCAACGGAGUCCUCACAAUUCAGUUGUUUGUCAUAGAACCACCUGAUGCACCGUUUGACAUCCGCCUGGACAGGACGGGAAGCCGCAGUAUCUCACUGGCUUGGAAGAAGCCUUACGACGGCAACAGUGAGAUAACGAAUUACCUGAUCCAAUAUAAAAAUACUACAGAUUCGGAUAACUGGCCGGAGGAUUGCGCCAGUGUGAUGGUUCCAGCAGACGAUCUCUCAAGCACGAUACCAGGCCUUCAUCCGGACUUCUCCUAUACUCUCCGGAUCCGGGCUAACAACUCUGUAGGACUGAGUGAGCCCAGCGCUAAAAUCAUUGUCAACACUGAUGAGGAAGCACCUACUGGCCCGCCAACAAAUGUGACUGUGGAAGCCAUUGAUUCCCAGGCUCUGAACAUCUCGUGGCAGAUGCCUGCUCUGGGAUACAGGAAUGGCGAUAUUAAAGGUUACGUCAUUGGUAUAAAACAAUUCAAUACUUCCACGCCUUACAAAGAAAUCAAGCGCAAAGUGGACACACACUUUAAGCCUGUCUACAUUAUCAGCGGGCUGGAGAAAUUUACCAAAUAUUUGGUAAACAUCCGGGCAUACAACUCGAGGGGCGCUGGACCGACGUCAGAGGACGUCAGCGUCUUGACACUGGAGGACGUGCCCAGUCAACCUCCACAGAACGUCGUCGCAGAACCAUCCAGUUCUCAGAGCAUCACAGUGGUCUGGUCGCCUCCACCAUUGUACACUUUGCAUGGCAUCCUCCAGGGUUACAAGAUCCUCUACAAACCUGUCCGUCUGGACGAAGAUGAGAGUGAUGCGCAGUUCAAGGAAGUGAUCGGCUUGGAGGUGACUAUACACGGUCUGCAGAAGUACACGAACUACAGCAUCCAGGUGCUAGCCUUCACACGGAUGGGGGAGGGAGUACGCUGUGCCCCCAUCUACGUCAGAACUAAGGAAGAUGUUCCCAGUAAGCCUGGAGAGUUGAAAGCCUUUCCGGAAAGUCGUACAUCCGUGGCUGUGGCCUGGAGACAGCCAGUCCCUACCAACGGGAAGCUCACCAAGUACACAGUCUACUACAGGAAGCUUGGAGUCAGGCACGAUACUCUACAUGUGGAUGUUCCUCCGACAAAGAACAGCUACAUUUUAUCUGGUCUGCACACAAACUACGAGUAUGCAUUUGCUGUCUCGGGGAGUACGAGUGUUGGCGAGGGAAACAGGACCGGGGAAGUGACAGCCUCACCAGACGGAACAGCGCCAGCAAGAAUUACAAAUUUCCCUGUGGUCAUGAUUGUACCGUGGAAGCAGACAGUUCUCCUUCCCUGUGACACCGUGGGCAAUAUACCGAUAAAGAGGAGUUGGAAAUUUCGCGAUCACAGCGUGAGAGGGUCAGCUCGGGUGAGUGAGUUGCGCAAUGGGUCGCUGUUAAUUGACAGCGUGGAGGAUAGUGAUGACGGGAACUACACCUGCCGUGCGGAAAAUAGAUACGGUUCCGACGAGGUCGUGGUGGCUCUCAGAGUCAGAGUUCGUGCAGAUAUUCCAACUGCACCGAAGUCUCCAGCCCUAACCCUAGCCGCUACCACAUCGUCCACUGUCCAGGUGAACUGGCUGUCUGGCAGUAAUGGCGGCAGCCCGAUUAAAGGUUUCCUUCUCAGCUAUCGAGGUGAACACUUCAACUGGGUCACCCAGAGACUGGGCUCUACGAACAGAACGUACACGGCCACCAGCUUACUGUGUGGAACAACUUACUGGUUCUAUGUGGAGGCGUUCAACCAUAUCGGCACAAGCCAGAAGAGCAAUUACAUCAAGACUAAGACGAGAGGAGAGCGUCCAUCGGAGCCUCCAGAGAGCGCCUUGCUGGCCCACAUCAAUAUUACCUUCAUUGACCUCAAUAUGAAAGCCUGGUUAACCGGUGGCUGUUCCAUCAACUACUUCGCUGUAAAAUACCAGGUGUGGCGGGAUGACAAAUGGGUACAAGUAUCUAACCACAUUGAACCAUCGACGGAAAUGUACCGGGUUUAUGACCUUCAACCUUCCACCUCGUACACAAUGGAGGUCACAGCACACACUGAUGCUGGAUCAACAGCUAGUGUCCUCAGAUUUGCUACAUUAACAUACACUGGAAGUACCAUCCAACCAUUUAACGUAGUGAGCGGGAAACCUCAGCCAUUUUACCAGAAGAUAAAAGUCAUGGUUCCGCUGACGAUCGGUGUGAUCAUCUUUUCUCUACUUUCCGUCAUCUUUGUUCUAUACUGCCGUGGCCGGCGGGAGAGGAAGCAAUACAAAGACAACUCUUCUAACCUACGCCGUGACUUAACUGUAGAGACAUCACUCAUGAACGACCUGGACAAACGGAACGUGGACCUGGACGCCUUUGACGACAGCCCUGAGACGGUGACAAAGAGGAACGUGAACCUGCUCGUGUCCCUCCAGUCAGAUGAGAGCAUCCCGGACAACAGCCAAUCGUGGCUCAUACACGACACCAGCAAAACCACCAGUGAUAACAGCGUAACAAGCCGCUCAGACGAGGAGUCGAACCUACACCCGUAUGCCAGCUAUAACCUGGCCAAUGAACUGGUCGAACAACAACAGCAGCAACAACACGACGACUCUCCAGAAGAGGACAUUGUAGCCAUCGAGAAAGAACAAGCUCACAGAGAGAUGGUGAUUGAGUCUCCUGCAGUUUACGGUCAAAUCGUUUUCCCCAAACGAAAUGAUGACUACGUACAGAUGCCGCUAAUGCCGCCAGUCCCCACAAGACUGCCACCCCUGACGGAAGGGGAACCGUUACCCCCUAAACCUUUGUCCGACGGCAAGGAGGGCUAUGAAAAUCCAUCUGUCAUCCUGAGCCCUAGGAAGUAUGCCAGCGUUGAUCAGAUCCACGCUUUAUUUACCACAAACCCCGCCCGUCCCCACAGCGCCUACAGCCGGGCCACCACCUGUAAAUCGGCGUCCCGUGGGACUGGUAGUCAUGGACGUCACAGCGCCCUGUCCAGCGUGACAACGGUCUCCUCGAGCCGGGAUGAGCUCCUGCAAGCCUAUGAAAACGCCAAGAUUCUGGCACAGCCUCCGAGCUCUGGCUCUCCGCUGCCUUACGAGGCCCUUCCCAGCUCUGGCAACUCCCAAGCCACUGAUAACUCGGGAGCCACUGAGCCAGGGAUUCGCAAAUUUACCCAAAGUCCUCCACAGCCGAACGAACAGAGAGAGGCUGCCUGUGAAAUUCCUGUCUAUGAACAGAAGAGACGUCACGAGAUAGACGAUGGGGAGAGUGACACGACAGAGUGUGAGUGGCGAGUCACUCAGCCUCGCUCUCCACCCAGACGAUCUCGCGGUAAGCGCGGGAAACAGCGAGGUCACGUGAGCGGAAAGCGGCAGCUGUCACAGCAGACAUAUUCCAGAGCUCCAAGUCGGACGAGUACGACCAGCUCGACAAGUGAAGAGGUGACGUACACAUUCGGGGGCCGUCAGUCACCAAACCGCUGCACUAGCCCCUCUGAGGGUUAUCUUUCUUAUCCACACGACAGCCAUGUUUUCACAGAUUCAGACUUCGAUGCUGUCGCUAAUCAUCCAACUGUGGUCAAGAAAAAAGCCCGACGUUCGCCACGCUCUCCCCCGCAGUAUGAUAUACUGUUACCCACAACUCCGGGGGCGGCCGCGGAGGAGGGCAAACCGUUAGUUGCCAGUGUUAUUCAGCCUGGGAUCAACAGCCCUCAUCACAUGGAGGAGGAAACGUCCGUUAGCCUUCUGGACAGAUAUUACAGGACAGUUCCACCAGAGACGGAUGCUCAGUCAAAGCUUGGAGAACGGGACGAGGACAAAGGCUAUUCCGACGACUACACGGUUGUUUAAUUUGUGCCAUAACACCGCAGUCUGACCACAAGCCUCCGACUGCAGAGGACACUGUAAAUAGGAAUAAAUGUUUGUUGUGCGAGCCGUGGUUUGAAACAGUCCCAGGGCAAAUUGAUGUGGCGCGUCUCUUCAGUGGACUAGAGUGUUUCCGAGAUACCAUAGAUACUGCGACAGGGAAUCUAAUUCGAUGUUACGUGUGCGAAAAAUGAGCGGUUGGAGCUUUCCUACAGAUUGCAUCAGUCGUUAUUAUUCUGAUUUCUCACCCUUACCAUACCAUCCGCAGAUCAUUGUCGUACCACGAAAUUGGGCGCAUAGCUCUGCAGGGACAUGGCUUCCACUUUCAGACGGUUCUUCUUCGCGGUUGAACCCAGAUUUGCGUCACCCUCUCACAUUUUCUGUCUUAGAAGAUUUCAUUGCUUCACGCUCUUGUCAUGUGAGGAAUUAAUGGCAAGUGUUUGCCGGGACGGAACAAAUGUAUCUGGCUUGUAGAGUCUCUUAAAAGGGUGGGAGUGACUCUAAAGAAGUGCUUUAUGAAGGGCAGCUAGGCUAAGUUUUCUAUGUGCUUUUUGUUGUUUAUACCACUGGUUUCAAUCGUGAUGAAUCUCCCUGCUUGUUCAGACUACUGCUGUGUAUGAGAGAGUCGUUGUCUGUCCAGACGUUGGUUUCCGAAGAUUCAGACUGCAAAUCUCGCGGGAACACGACAGACCUCAAUGUUUGGUUUACGCAUGCGUGAACCUUCGAACUAACGUCUUAUUAGUGUGGAGAGCCCUUCCAAAGCCAUGUUGGAAUUGUUUCUGGUUAUUUCAGGAGUUGUACUUUGUGGCCUAUUCUCAUUAUGGAAUUGACCGUUGUUAAAGGCUUGGAUUUCGCUGUUUACGGUGUGUUGCGACGCAAAAAAUGUCUGCCGCAAGCCGCGAAUCUAGGAUCUAGAUCCUGUUGUUGCCGGUACAUGGCCCAAAACUCUUGUUCAGUGUACGCCCUUGACGUUAAAGGGACACAACCUUGUGCUACUUGGAGAAAUGCCUGUAACCUGUGUCGACGGUUUUUCAUUUUCACCUACGGUACAACCUUACAUGAAAAGUAUACAUUGACCGACAGUUAUAGUAUGUGCUUUUUUCACACGGCUAAACUUGCGCGAUCAAGCUAAUAUGGACAACCUGGCUUUGGAGUGGUGACAUACGUACAAUAUGCCAAAUAAUGCUUUUCACAAGGGUGACCGCCUCGAUUUGCCAAAAUGGACUGGUCUUUAGUAUUAGCUCUCACCCUGACCGUGCCAUCAGCUCAGCCCUUGGUGAAGAAGUGUAUUUAGAACAAAUCAAAUCCAGAAGAACAAACAGUUAUUCCACUUAUUUGCCUUUCUUCAAGAAAACUCAUGCAUUGUUUUGAUACAAAGGUUUUUGAUAGGUAUGAAGUAAACUGAUGAUUUUGUUGGAGAACAAAGACAGGAGAAUUACAACCAGUUUUAUGAAUGGGGAGACUCAACACUGUAAGAAACGCCAUCUACGAUUGUCGAGACGUAUAAAACGCUACGAUUAAUCAGUGCAAUUAUUGUACAGUGUAUUGUCAUCGUAUCGUUUGUGCUAGGGUGUAGUGUGAAUGUGUGACAAUGUGUAGUAGUGUAUUCUUACAAUUGACAAUGAGCUAGGCUCCAGACGUCAGCAAAGCUGUCACUCUUCACCAUCAUCCCUGCUUUUAUUCGCUAUUUGGGUAGGAAAUUUCAGCCAAGCUGACCGGAAGUAUUCUGCUUUUGUGCGCAUGCUCACUUCCAUCCCCAGUGUUUCUGGCGGGCGUCAGCUAGUAUAGACUUGUUCACUAGUGUUACUGGUCGUUUUUUUCAUAAACAUUCCAUAAAGGGAAACAAACGCAGGAUAUCUUCGGCAGCAUCACAGUACAACACGCAGAACAGAGGAGUCGUUCUCUAUGUCCUAUAAAAUGUAAAUUUAUAUUAUCCAAUCCAUAAUAAAAGUCCAAGAAUUUUUUAUUUGUAAUUUAUUUAUUUUAAAAUGAAAUCGUACAUUUGAAGCAUAACAAUAUGAAACGUGUUCUUUGUGCAAUAACUGUGACGUUGAUUAUGUUGUUUUGAAAUGGCUCGAGUGUGAGUAGUGUUCACAAAAUCAUAUGGCUUGUAUUACGGUAUCAUUCCCUAGACACAUCAUCGGCAUACUGUUGUGAACCCUUCAUUUAUCCCCACUGUACAUAUGAGCACGCAGACGAUCUGUGUUAAGCAGGAUGUGAGACCCACAUACUGCUUGAGAACUCGUUCAUUGCCAACCAAUGCAAUGCCUUCUGAACACACCGAGUCGGCGUUAUCAUGCACAUCGCCACUUUGGCUUGAAAAACUUACAGACAUUUACAUUACAUUAACAUUAGCCGUUCGGCGAAUCUUUCUAGUAAGUGUUGACCAUGCCGUCACAUUGCGUCUUGUUUGAUCAUCUCACUCAACAGACUAACGAUAUCGCUAUUGCCAAUGAUCUGGAAGUGCAGAUCACGGGAGCACAGUUCAUACCACAAUAGGUAGCAGAAGAGUACAUUCCGUGAUUGUAAUCAAUUGUGAUUAACGCAUAGAGAUGGUGUUGUUGUUGCAUGAAGGUUUU